AUGUAUAGUAAGUGGGAAGCGAAGCACACAGCCGCUGACUUACGCAAGAUCGAGUACGGUCGUUCGUUACAGAGUGACAUCGAGAAUUUAUCCAAUGGACGAUUAGACGGAACGGAUCAACAACUGUCUGGACGAUAUUGGACGAACAAUUCGUUCGAUGUCCCGAUGGAAGGAAGUCGAACCGGGGCAACGGCCCUGUUUCUACGUGAAAAAUGA